AUGCGUGAAGUUGCUAUGUGGUCCAUCGCUCUCUUGGUGAGUACGAGCACAUGGUCAGAAAUAGAAGAAAAUUGGAAACUCAUUUGUCAAGUAUUUUUAAGUUAUUCGACAAACAGUAAUUUGAAUUUCAAAUGCCAUCAUGCAAAACUUCUUUCACGAAUUAGUAAAAUUACGAAUGAUCCAAAUUCUACAAGAGCUAUUAAUCAAUCAAAUAAAGCUUUGUCCAAUACCAAUGAUCCAUUUCUAUUCGGAAAUGAAGAUGAACUUGAUGAUUAUGAUAACAGUCGAUUAAAUUUAGAUAAAAACGUCAAAUUUAACAAUAAAAGGAAAUCUUUUAAUUCAAAUUUAAAUUCAUCUUAUAAUAAUAGAUCGACAAUCGAUGAAGAAGAAGAAUUAAAUGAAGCAAAUAGUCCGUUUAAAAUCGAGUUGCAAGCUAUUUAUUGUGAAUGUCUUGAAGCCUCAAUUAGAAAUGAUGGUAAUCUUUCAUCAUUUGAAAAAAUCAAAGGAGCUCGGCAGUGGUUAUCAUGCAUUAAUCAACGAUGCAUACCAACGAUUCCUAUAUGGUCCAAUAUUUUGUUAGGUCUGUAUGAUUAA